CCGGCCCGCGGCGCCGGCGGUUGGGUGCGGGGACUGUGGGCGCGGCCGGGAACGGGUGGACCUUCAGAGCCCCAGCCGGCCACAACCAUGUCCGGCUCUCCGAGCAGCAUCCGCAAGUCUCCGAGCCACUUGAGUAGUACCUUACAAUCAAAGAAGUCUAUUAGCUUUACUGAAAAAGGAAAAGAAACUUUGAAGAAAGGAUAUGCUGGUGCAACUCAAAGCAGAAUGAGUGUGUCAAGAAACUUAUUUAUUUUACCUGAGAUGAAAAUGACAGAAAAAAUGAAUAUUUCCAGUGGCAAGAUAGUACAGGUGCUGGAUAAGAAUGGCGUUGAUGUUACUCCCAGACCUCUUUACUGCCCAGAUCCCCAUGCAGCAAAGCCAAAUAAACUACUGUCAUCUCAAGAAGGCUCACUUGGGUCAGAUUUUAUCGCCUCCUAUAGCAUGUAUCAGAACACAAUAAACCCCAGUGUGAUGGGGCAGUUUACGAGGUCAGUUUUAGGCAGCAGUACAGUUUCUAAGUCAAGUAUAUCAACAACUGAGUCAAUAGCAGGAGACUUAGAAGAACCAUAUAAAGGAGGAAAAUUGGCUAGUUUUACAGACCUACGAGUUAUGAGGGCAGCCCCUGAGACAGUCCUAACAAAAGAAGACCUGGAGAAGAAUGUCGAGAUCCUACUCACAGAGACAGACACACUGCGGUUUUUUGACCUGCCGACAGUGAUGGUCUCUGUAGAAAGUGAAGACGCAGAGAAAGUAACCCAGAGAAAUAAGAAAUAUGAAAUCCUUUGUAAAAAUAGAUUAGGCAAUGAUUUAUAUGUUGAACGGAUGAUGCAGACUUUUAAUGGAGCACCAAAAAAUAAAGAUGUACAGUGUGAUAAAAUCAUAAUGGAAGAUCAAGGCAUAAUGGCCACGACCUGGGAUCUGUAUGAUUCUUACAGUGCUCUAGAACUUUCAUCUUUAGCAGUGAAACGAUCUGCAAUUGAAUCAAGUAGUAAAGCAAGUGUCCUUCCUAGGGAACGGGACCAAAGACUCCUGGGAAGCACUACGGACAAAAAUAGUGAAGCUAGUUCUCUAAUGGAUAUAGAAAAUGUAAUUCUGACUAAAGUCCAUGAGGAUGAAGAAGACCACGCAGAUGCAAUAUUAAAAUCUGACAAAUUUCUUCAGGACUUAUUUUUCAUGGAACGAGUUAUAAUGGAAAAUAUAUUUCAGCCAAAGCUUGCAGCUUACCGCCAGCUUCCUGUUUUAAAAGAACCUGAGCCUGAAGAGCCCAAAGAGUUUUUAGAAGGUGAAAAAGUUGGAGAAGUGGAAGAAGAGGUUAAGAAGGAAGAGGAAGAAGAAAUAGAAAUAAAUGCAGAACAAUCAACAAUACCAGCCAAUUUGGAACGACUUUGGUCUUUUUCCUGUGACUUAACCAAAGGUCUUAAUGUGAGCAGCCUUGCCUGGAAUAAAAUAAAUCCAGAUCUUCUGGCUGUUGGGUAUGGACACUUCGGAUUUAAGGAGCAAAAAAGAGGAUUGGCUUGCUGCUGGUCGAUAAAGAAUCCCAUGUGGCCAGAGCGUGUUUACCCAAGUCCAUAUGGAGUCACAGCUGUGGAUUUCUCCAUUGGAACACCUAACUUGUUAGCAGUUGGCUAUUACAAUGGCACAAUCAUGAUUUAUAACGUGCAAAGCAGCAAUAAUGUUCCGGUUCUGGAUAGCAGUGAAUCACCUCAAAAACAUUUGGGACCUGUUUGGCAACUGCAGUGGAUAGAACAAGACCGAGGAACAACGGGUGAUGACAAAAGAGAAUUCCUAGUUUCCAUAUCAGCAGAUGGAAGAAUCUCCAAAUGGGUUAUACGGAAAGGACUGUACUGCCAUGAUUUGAUGCGGUUAAAACGAACUACGGCUGGCAGCAACGUGAAAGGAGGGGACAAGGAAAAGAAAGGAGAAGCUUUACUAUCACGACAGGCCCCUGGCAUGUGUUUCGCUUUUCACCCCAAGCUGCAGUGGGUUGGGGUGAGACCUAGCCGGUGGAGGCCAGCCAUGACGCUAAGCAUCCCAUGAAAUACCAGAAGCCAGUGUUCUCUUGCUACCCAUCUACCACCCAAACAAUUAUCUGACCCAAAAAGUCAAUAGUACUCAGUUAGAAACACGAGUCUGCUGUCUUCAAACUGUCCUUGGUAUAAGGAACUUGAGAUGAUCACAUGGUCUGUAAAUAAAGACAAUUUUAUUUCUUUGAUUGCCUUUUAAAUUGUUUUCUUGCAUGAUUACAAUGGCUGGAACCUCCAUUACAAUGGUGAAUAGAGACAAGAAAGCAGACAUUCUUUCCAUUACAUUUCUAGUUUUGUUAAAUACUUUUAUCAGGAAUGGAUGUUGGAUUUUGCCAAAUGCUUUUUCUGUAUCUAUUAAAAUGAUACAUACUUUUUCUCUGUAAGCUUGUUAAUAUGCUGACUUGCAUUGAUUAUUAUUUUGAAUGCUUAUUCCUGAAAUAAGCCCCACUUGAUCAUGACUUAUAAUCUUUUUAAUGUGCUAUUGGAUUUUUGAUAUGCUAAAAUUUUGUGUAAAUGUUUGCAUUUUUGUCUGUAAGGGAUAUUGGUAUGCAAUUAUCUUAUGUCUUUGUCUGGUUUUGAUACCAGGGUAAUGCUGACCCCAUAGAAUUGCUUUUUAAAAAGAGAACUUAUGUAAAAUUACCAUUAUCUCUCAUUACACUUGAUGGAAUUAAUCAACCUUCUGAGCCUGGAAUUUUCUUUACAAGGAAAUUUUACCCCAUAAGUUCAAAUUUUUAAUGGCUAUAGGGCCAUUGUGACCAUGUAUUUCUUCUAGAGUCAGCUUUGGUAAUGAGUGUCUUUUAAGAAAUUUGUCUAUUUCUUCUUUUUAAAAAAUUUUUAAUGUGACAUUAAGAAGGGAACAAAUAGGACAGCACAGCACUAUACAGCCUGGGGCUUUCUGAGGAGGUGCAUUUACAUUAAGUCUAACAGGGGACAUAGCUGCCAGAGCCCCCAGAGAGUCUGUUCAUCUGCUGGUGGCCCCAAGACUUAGUCUCAGGCCCCCUCCACUCCUCCCUCUGCCCAUCACCUUCCCUGGCUUCCAUACCACAUGCAAAUAACCUGUUGUCUGCUAGCUGGUUUUCUUCAGCCCAGAACACUUCUCUUGACUUUUUCCCCCAGUACCCACUGCCUUCUGAAGUAUCUCCAUCCAGGUAUUUCAAGGCACCUCAAAGUGCUGCCCACCAAAGCACCUAUCCACUGUCCUAUCCUCACCUAGCAAAACAAAAGAAAACAAAACGCAAAGCCAAACCCCUAAUCCUUUCCUGCGCGCCCAAACUGAGGAGUGGCCCCAUCAUCCACCCACUGUGCAAGCCAGGCUCUUCUGGGAGGCUCAAAAUCACAUCUCUAUUUCCGCCUUGUUUUCAGUCCUUUAGCAAAUCUUGUCAAAUGUACAUCUUUUCGGGCUGGGGAUCUAGAUCAGUGGUUUCACCACCUGCCUCGUGAGCGCAAGGUCCCGAGUUCGAUCCCUGGUACCCCCCCAAAAGUACAUAUUUUCUGCAUCUGUAUUCUUUUCUAAAUUAAAUUUCAGCUACCACCACCCUAGUCCUAGCAGCAGUUGUGGCCAUCUAGGCUUUGGAGUGGUUUUCUAGCUAGCCCCCCAUCUCUCUCUUGCUCACUCUUGACCUAUGGCUCUUUCUCCGUAUUUGAGAGAGAGAGAAAUUAAUUUAAAAGGCAAAUCUGGCAAUCUCACUCCCCCCCACACUAUUAAAAUCUUUCAGUACCUACUUGUGGUCUUUGGAUGAAGGGCAGACUCUCUCACAUGGUCUGUAAGACUCAGAGUGACCUGGGCCUGUCGACCUCACCACACACAAUGGUCUCUCUCUCGCCUCCUCAGGUACAUUUAGUCCUUCACUGCAUGCCAUCUCCUCCUUUACCUGCUUCAUUCCUCCUCAUCCUCUGGGGCUUAGGUCACGUGUCAUUUCUGAGAGGAAGCCUCCCUGGAACCCUGGCCUAAAUCAAAAUCCUCUGACACAUUUUCAUGGUAACAUAUUUAAUGGUAUUAUCACAUGUAUACAGGCUUAGAAUUAAAGAUAAAAUGUAUUAUAUUUGACUGAAAUAUGACCCACUGAAAUAUUAACUUCCAUGAAAACGUGCUGUACUUGAAGGACCCUAGUUAGCAAGACAGACUCCAUAUUGCUGCUGAACAACCUACCUGCCUGGCCUUUAGAUGAACUCAGAAGGAGGAAGCUUAGAAACCUCCUCCUCUUAGAAAGUCCCUUUAGAAAUAACAGUUAAUCCACUAUUGUUUUACAAAU